AUGCUCAACAAUAUCACCGCCGGUGGUUCCGUACACGGUAUCUCCGGAGCGAAGGAUGCACAAGAUCUGAAGCGGUACGAGAAGGAGCACGGCGUGCUGGGUGUGAAUCUGGGCUCCGGUCUGUCCGCUGGUGGUGGCCUCACGCUUCAUCAGGAACUGAUCAUGACUAUGCCCGGCGCAGGUAGCGCGGCGGGAAUCGGGCAAGAUGACAAACCUGCGAAGCAAAAGCGACAUCGGACGCGUUUCACACCGGCCCAACUCAACGAGCUCGAAAGGUGUUUUGGCAAAACUCACUACCCGGACAUUUUCCUGAGGGAGGAAAUAGCACUAAGGAUCGGCCUCACGGAAAGUCGCGUUCAGGUAUGGUUUCAAAACCGACGAGCAAAGUGGAAGAAGCGCAAGAAGACAACCAACGUGUUCCGGUCCUCGGGAUCGCUGCUACCGUCGCAUGGCUUGCCUCCCUUCGGACCGAUGACCUCCGACUUGUGCACCGGAAUGUUUCAUACUCCUGCGGACAGAUGGGGAAUGGGGACAGGUCUCGGACAAUUGCAAAGCGGCAUGACGAUGAGUGGCUUUGGGCAGCUCGGUCAACAAAGUACGGGAAGUUUAGGUUCCAGCCUUAGUCUCGGCAACUCCGGACUGCCGAUCAACAGCCCAUCGCAAUCCGUCUACCAUACCAACUACGGACUCAAUUCUAUCAGUGGUGUUCACGUAUCGGCGUCUCGAGGCUCGCCACCAGGUUCGUCGGUGGGUGGCGGUCAAGCCGGGAUGGGCUCGGGUUUGAACUGCGGUCAGGGCUCUCCGGGCACGACUUCCGGUACCGGUAGCGGCAGCGGCGGUACCGGAGGUGGCGGCGUUUCCUGCGUGGCUGACGUGAGCACGAACGAGGGAUCGGACUGGAGAGGCGCCCACAGCAUCGCGGCGCUCAGGCGUCGCGCCUCGGACGCCUCGCAACAGUACAGUCCGCAGCCUCCGCCGCCAGGACCACCUCAGUAUACCCACGACAUGGAGUACAGUCCUGUUUAUCAAGGCGUCGUCUGA